UUACAUAUUUGUACCAAUUUUCAAAACGAUCCGUUCGCAAAUGAAAAAGUCUCAAAAGAGGGAGACGGUCCCAAUAACUUGUAUUGAAUAAAUAAGUAAAGGGUAUGGUAAUAGAUAAAAUUGUUCAUGAGCAAUGGGCUGUUUGUCAUUCACAGCCAGACACUAAAGUAUGGUACAACAUAGGUGGAGGUUGCCAAAUUCAUUGCCCCAAAGGCUUGGUUGUGGAACUUCAUCAAGUUUUAGUUAAAACUGUUAAGUGUGAUGAACCCCUGUUAUGUGUUAUUGCAUCAUAAUAAUGGGAACAACUCCAUUUCAGCUUUGGUUUAUCCUCAAUGGUUGGCUUCAUUUUAAAUCCUAAAAUUUAGGUUCUUAAAUUAUUACAUAAUUUAUUUCCUAACUCUGCUCCAGUGUAUGUUUUUUACUUGAACUGACAAAUUAUGAAAAUUAGACUAUAGUGUGUAUAUCUGCGAUGCACAGUUGGAAGAAAAGUGCUCAAUCUCUUUCUUUUGUCUAAUUAUACUGAGUUUGGAGCCUAAGGGUCAGAGACAAUAUCUGCCUUCUAUGCCACCAUAGCUACUAGCAACCAUCUUUGGGGGUGUACUUGUGGGGUUGAGUAAAGUGACGUGGCACAAGUGUAAAUAAAAUCUCAUUAUGAAAAUGUAUCCUUUGAUUUGCAUGAGGUUCCUAAAAUGCUCUUAUUCACCACUAGAUGAAGAACCUCCAACUGCAUUUGAUUGUCCUUGCAACCAAUUUUUGUUAAUUUCUCCUAUUUUGAUGCUUUGUAUCAAUGUUACUUAUUCUAUUUAAUUUUUCAGGUGUACAUGUGAGUUACAUGAGCCACCCUAGAAAAAGAAGAGGAAGUUAUGCCGGAUGGUCAGUUUGAACCAGGAGUGAGUUCUGACAAAGGGAACAAAACAGGACUUCAUCAUCACUAUGCAGCAACUGAGAACUAUAGUGUAGUCAGUGGCAGCCUACACCCCAGCCCAAGCAAUUACUUGUCAUCAACGUCUCUGUCAUCCAACAGUUUCCAGUCUCCUAGUGUCUAUGCUGCUUAUUCUGUGCCUUCCAGCACACACAACAAUGCUUCCUUGUUAACUGAUCAGCAAUACUCAGGUACCAACUCUCAUGUACUGCAUGAAAAACACCAGCCCAUAACUUACAAUGCUGAGAUCCCUUUAGAACGAAAUCCAGUCAUGCAUUCGUUGUCUAGCAAUGCAAAUAAACUUAUUGGACAAUUGUCCCCUCAAGGUUCAACAACCGGUGAGUUGAAAAGCAUUUCGAAUCCAUCUUUUGCUCUUCAGCAAGAGCAUCAGCAACAGCUUCAACAGCAGCAACUACAGCAGCUACAAAUGAUCCAACACCAACAGAGAUAUCAUCAUCAACAGCAAUUGCUCUCUAAUCUUGCCAUGUCUAGUCUCCAACACAUGGAUGGCUCACAAGAUAAGUUUUCUUCAUACUCCAAGAUUGUUGCUAAUGCUUCCAAUAUGUCACUUUUAUCGUCAUUUACGGAGAGUGAUGUAGGUGGCAGUCGUCAAGCCGACAACAGAGACACGUCUGAAGACUGCAGGGCUGGGCUCACUAAGGAGCAGCAUUACUACAGGCAGCCUUCGACGUCUCGCGCUCGCUCGCCAUCUGCGUGGUCUGACAAUGAUACAGUUCAAAGUUCGGCCUCUUCCGACGGUUCACAACCUAAAAAACCUUACUCUCCUUAUGAGACUGCAGUAAGUCGUCAGUCUCCUGAAGUGCAUAAUAAGAACUCGUACAAUACUCUUUUCCAAAAAGUGGGAAUGAAUUUUUACAAUAGGAGAACAGAAGACACUCCGGAUGGAUCUGGGUCUCCAAAUGGACUAAGAGCUGACGACUUGAGUAGGCAUGGUAGCGAAGUUAGUGGCGAUGUCAAAGACUCGACAUGUCCCGAUCUGUCUCUUGAAACAUCUAUUCAAGAUGGAGCUGUAUUUCCACGUGGGGGGAACCAAGACUACAUGGAGGCAGACGAUUAUUCUAACAGGAAUAGACUCAAAACGUACCAUUGUUCCUUGUGUACGUUUACAUGCCGCAAACAAGUUGAUUUAAUCAAUCACGUUGCUGUUCAUCCAGAUGACAAGCCUUUCCACUGCACGCAGUGUGAUUACAAAGGCGCUAAAUACCAUCACUUGAGAAACCACAUCCUGACCCACUCGGAGAGAUCGUUAUUGGCAUGCCCUCAGUGCGACUACAAGUCUUAUCAGCGCGGCGCUCUAAGAGUCCACAUGCGCCGACACAGCACCGAGAAACGCCACGGCUGCCCCCACUGCCCCUACCGCACGCACUUCAAGGGAAAUUUGAAAUUACAUUUACGAGUGCAUACCGGAGAAAAGCCUUAUGCAUGUCCUGUGUGCGAGUUUAGAUGUACUCAGAGCGGCUCUCUGAAAAUACACAUGCGGGGCCACAGCGGCGAGAAGCCGUAUGCAUGUGAACUGUGUGAUUAUCGCAGUAAGCACAAAGGAAACCUUGUGAUGCAUCGCAGGAAGCACACUGGUGACAAGCCUUACCAAUGUGACAAAUGCAGCUAUAAAGCUGCCCAGAGAAUGGGGCUUACCAAACAUUACAAAACUGUACAUAGUGAUGCCGCGUCUGUUCCUUCGAGAGAGUCUGCUACAAUAUCGCCAGGCUCUAUUUUCCGUGCUCCAAUGUUGGCAAGAACAGAAAGCGCUCUAAGUAAUGCAUUUACUGGCUAUGCUCCUCCCUUGUUCAAGAACGAAGACGUACAGAACCUCGGAGGGCAAUGGAUUGACGGCUCCAAACCUGCUUGCCAGGACGAUGUCCGCCCUCCGUUUGAAGUGAAGGCUGAGGGCAGCGGCGUGCUGUACAACAGACAAGCGCUGGUGCCAGACGCAUGCUCUGCUGAUGUCACCGCUCGCGCCAUCAACAUGCACGACAACUGAGCUCGGCCUCCUGCUGCUAGCCAGCUAUCCUCUUUCGAGAAUUUUUUGUUCUUAAUCUUCAGUUCUCGAUACUAACAAAUAGUGCUUUGCGUUUCUAACAUCUCUUAAUUUAAGUCAUCCUGCGCUAUUAUGCUACUUAUAGAGGGCAUUUUUUACACGCCGUGAUUUCCUCGCGACCAAUUAUAGUUUGGAAGAUUAUUUUUCUCACAGUGAAUAUUCUCGAGGAAUUAUUAGUGAGCUCACUUAUUUUUUGGUCGUAAAGAAUAUCUUUCUCAUGCCAAAGAUAGGGACAUCUAAUUUAUUGAAAGUGGGAUCCAAAGGAAUGAAUUUUUUCAGCUUUAAGUGUGCAAAAUUGAAAUGGAUUUUAUCCUGGGUAAUCUUAUGCAUAUUUGUUGAAGUAUUGUGCUGCAGCUGUGUCUUUAUGCAACCCGUAUUUCUUUACGUCUUGAGGCGCCUUGUGUUAGUUUACUUAGAUUGGGUAAUGCCUAUGCUAUUGCUUCAUUUUUUGGCUUAUUUCUCGAAUGUUGCCAUUUAUACAUCACUAUGUUCAGAUUUGUCAUAUCUUUAUUUACUCUCGAUUUCUCGGUCCAUUUGCCGUGUUUGACAAAGCACAACUUGUGGCCUGACGUUACAUUUAUGACGGGAAUUGUUCCAUGGCAUUCAGGCAUCAGUGGAAGUUAUUUUUGUCGUGCAAGUUUUUCUGGAGGCGCUAUAAUUUCUCAUUGUGAGCCUCGUUUUUUAUAAUUUAAAUGGUAUUUUGAAGUUAUUCUACAAUUCAUCGUUUCUAUUGCCGCAUGCGUUAAGUUUUUGUACUGUCUGAAUAACUUUAAAUCUUUUUUUUUUCUGAUGAAUAAUAGUUUUAUUUCAACAUCUCUUUCUGUAACUACUUCGACAAACAAUGUGAAAAUUGUUGUGUACCUAUUCAUUUCUCAUUUUUAUUCAUUUACCUAAAAAUUAGUAAUUUUCUCUGUCUCACGUUGAAAGUCUCAAAGAUUUUAGUUUGACGUAUAUUUUUAGUCAACUUAUACUUUUACAUCGGCCUGAUGUUUGAAAAGUAAUGUUACAUCUCAUACAAGAGAAAAUAUAUGUCUUCAUAUUUGUGUGCAAUAGUGCUUGUUUGGUGAUAAGCAGUAAAGAAAUUACAAGUUUUUUUCUCACAGCCUGUAAAGAAGUUCGAAAGUAAUGGAAAAAAUCUGUGCUGCCAUGCAUCUUGACGUUGACAGGCGUCCCAAUAACCUUUCCUUUAUGAGCAUUUGUAAGAAGCUGACUUAAUAAGUCUUCUAUCUUCCCACCAAGUUUGGCUGGCGGAGGAUGGUGCGCAAGAGAAAGGAUAUAACAAUGUUAUCCGAUUGUUCUUUAUUUGAUUUAUUAAAAUUUAUCUUUCAUAUAGACUGUAGUGCGCUAUGAAUAUCUGUUGCCAUGAAUAAUAUCGGGCUAAAACAUGUAUAAUAAUUAUUAAUUUUCGAGAUAAUCAAUACAUAUUCGUGUUUAUGUUCCGUGGUUAAUGCGUUUUCUUAGAAAUAUUCCAGGUCCAGUGUGAUCAUUAAAAAUUCGAAUUUUAAUCUCUGGAUUUUUCCGUAAUUUAAAUGUAUUUGAAUUUUUAUUCGGCAGCACCAAUAUCGCUUUAAAUGAAACGUUACGUUUUUUGCAGUUUUCCUCCCACUUCAAAAUCCGUGCUGGGCGUAGUAACUCUCUGGCCUUGAAACUUGAUAUAUUUUUCGGAUGACCAGAUUCAGAAUCACUUCAGUUCUUCUCAUGUUUCUUGUUAAUUAGCCGUAUUUUAGUACGUGUUAUUACAGUUAACUUAAACAUGCGUUAUGUCAAUAGUCGUAUUUAUCUUAAGUUUUUGAACUAACACCCUGAGACGCGCGAUCUAAACACCGUAGUUUUCCUUGCUGCCCUGUAUCGGGAUGUAGGUGUGGGUGUAGCUAAUGCGCUACUGUCUUUUCAUUUAUUACUCUUGUAAGUAUUGCGCCAGGAUACUAUGGCCUGUUUCUUCUUGAAGAUGCUCUCUCGUAAAUACUGGUCGCUUUACGUCAUUGGUCGUCUUACGUCAUUAGUCCAGCAGUCAUCAGAUACACUUUAUCUGAACAACCAACACUAGGUAUUUGGCACUGAAAUUGUGGUCAGAUUUUAUAUUAGCCCUUAUUACCCGUACUACUGAACUCGAUUAUGGUAUCGCUAUUUUUUACUUUAAAAUUCUACGCAAUACAUUUUAACUUCGAACUCAAAUUCUUUGAUAUUAACUUGUUUACUUUUUUUGUGUCUGCAAAUUUGUAGAGUUUCAUUAUUUGUUCGUUCUAUCUCAUAUUUUUCUAUUCUAAUUGUCAAAUGAAGAUUAGUAUUCGAUACGCGAACUUAUCAGUUGGACUGCUCAACUAUCUUUUAAAAUUAACUUGAAAUUUUAUUUCCAAACUUGAUUUCAAUAUUAUUCGAACAAUUUUGCCCGACCUUCUUUCAUGUGUAAGUCGGUUUUGUCUUGCAGAUGGCCACUGCUCCCAAGCAAGGUAUUUCUCAUUCGUUUGUUGAUGAAUAUCUUCAAUUUGUUCAAAACAUCUUUUUGCAUUGGAUCACAAUUUGCGAAUAUUGCCAGUUCUUUUCCAGCAGUUUACGAUUCUUGACGUGCGACUCUUCACAAUUAAAUCUCUCACGUUUGAAUCAUGAACGACCUCCGACACACCCUUCCUAAAAGUGUUCUAAAAUAUGUGAACUUCUUAUUUACUGACCUAGAAUUUCUCUAUGAUUUAUUGUAUUUCUAUGAAGAACCAAUUGUAGGCAGCCUCUCUACAUAUGUGAAUAAAAUAGUUUAAUUAGGGCAUUAAUUAUGAACGUGUGCCAUCUGUACAGUGUAGGACCUUCAGGGUAGCUGACCGCACUAAGUCGCGUCAAAAUUGGUAGAUGGUAUGAUUCAUUCUAUCAAUAUUUUUGAAUGAAUUUUUCAAUUUCCUUAUUGAUAUCGCCACAAACUGCACUGCAUUAAUAGCUUGUAAAAUAUCUAGAUUAUCAUGUGUAGCAAAUGGUUCACUGACUUAUAGUUGAGCUCUGAGAAUCGGUCGGUGAUGAUGUCCUAUGUGCUAGGGUUGGCUAAAGAAUGAUUCUCAUUCGAUCGCUGAUAAUCCACGAUGGUUGAAACACAUGUAGUAUUGCGUGGACGUUAUGUUGUCGGUCUUCCUGUCGCACAAGUGGCUGGACUUAGCAGCGAUCGCUCGUUCUUCGGUUUUACGCAACAAUUAAAUUUCUGUGCUAUCGUUCAAGUGACGUUUACUGAAGUCCUCGUAAUUAAUUUUUGAUGUACCAUCCUAAUGAUAUAUUCAUCGGCAAGAGGAAAAAAUGUUCUUGUUUAAUUCUCUCAUCAUUUUAACGUAAGUUUCAGUUGAAUCGAUAUACCAGUUGAAAGGAUUUGGAUGAUAGAAAAUGGCAUUGAUGAACAGAUUCGAAUAUACUGACGUGUUAAUAUUAAUACUUGUCACUUUCGUAUGGCAUUAACGGAAAUAUUUUUUCUCCCUAGGAAUUUUAGUUGCAUUGUUAAAAUAGUUCUUGCUAUUGCUUCUAUUUUUUGUAACAUUAGCUACGUAUUAGUAACGCUAUUUUGUAUUACAUUUGAAGUGCUAUUAUUUUAAAUCGUCGUUGGUAAACCACCAGGUGCUUCUCGCCUUUGAGCUGCUGAGCUCGCAAGCAUGCGAUGUUGAGACGAGCUUCUGGGCAAGCCAGUAAAUUCUAUGUGCAAAUUUUCUCUGAUAAGAAAAGCAUUGUUCAGUACGCCUUGUGAUCUCAUCUCCUUUUGCUGUGUGCCACAAAAAGUCGCAUAUUUUAACCCUUCAUAACCAUCUUGUACAUACAGCGCACUCAGUGCCCGUAGCUUGGAAGCUCAGCGUAGAGCAGUGUACGUACUAACUUUUAAUAUUAAAGAGUUGAGUUUUAAUGUUAGUUACUAGUAGCUUUCUGAUCUAACGCCCUUCGCCUGCACUGAGAGAGCCCUUAUCUGCCUGGGAACUGAACUGUUGUACGGAAACUCAAAUGACGCUCGUCUGGUUCGGUUUGCAUAUUCAGUUGAUAUGUCAAACUCAUAAUCGGGAUCAUGAUGGCCAUUUUAAGAUGGUACAUCUUGUUGAUGAAAGUUCUAGAUUACAAUGGCUCAAUCCUAGUUUCGUAGAAACAAUUUUUCUGUAUUGAUUCAAGAGGCCGAAAAAAAUGUCCUUGCCUCCUAAUAUACACUUAGUCGGUUUCACUAGUCGAAUUAGUUUGUCAAACUUUCACUUUAUGAAUACCUUUCAUUAAAUUUCUUUUCCAUCUGCAGUUUAGUAAAUACAAAUGAACGCUAGAAUUUAUUGUUUUCGAACGCAUUUAUAUUUUUAUGAAUGGUGAGUCAUGCAGUGUCCGAUGAGAUCGCAGCGAAGGGCCAAGAUUCUUGGUAUAUUGCUAUACUUUGGCGCGCUCUGGUAGAUUGUUCUACUUCCGCCCGCUCUGUAAUAUUGCUCUACUUCAGCGCGCUCUACUACUGUUGUUGCUAAUAAAGUCUAUCGCCGUA